AGUUUGGUCAGAGUCCAGUUUCAUAACCGCAACCCUUUUAUAAAGCUAAUAUGUCUAUGUUGUACAGAAGAACACAUCUUUUGAGGGAUGUCUCACACCAGCAAGCUCAGCUGCAGGAGACUGGAGGAAACUGGAGGAAAGAGAGGGAGAUGAAGUGCAAUGAAAAAGCCCGAGCUCAGGCCCCUGAGUCUAGUGUAGGAGAAGACAGAGCCAUUCUACUGGGUUUGACCAUGAUGACCUUUUCCAUCCUUAUGUAUUUUCUGGUGGGAAUCGCAGUGGUGAAACCAUGUCUGCAAAGUGAUUGGGAAGAUUCUAACUGCUCACUGAUUGACGCUUAUUUUCUAAAUGAAACACUGGACUGCUGUUGCAUCACUACUAACUAUUCAUGUCUGCAUGUGUUGGUGAACAACAUGUCCUCUGAAAAAGAACUUCAACUUCACUAUGAUGAAGCGGUGGUGAAAUCAAACCCAAAGUGCUUCUACACUCCCAAAAGCCAAUGGAACAAGACGGAACUAGAGGUUGAAGCCACUGACAUCCGAGAUGCUUUGCUCCGUAUGCGAGGGGAAAGCAUGAAAUGCUAUCUAAGUGCUAAAUACCCAGAUGAUGCCCUUUUGAAGAGGAAAUACUCAGUGCAGAUGGCCUUGUAUUACCUGCUGUGGCCCAGCCUCAUGUUUUUUUGUGGAAUUAUGCUGGUGGGGCUGGUGAAGUUUAACCAACAUCUGGCUUUCCUUUGUAAUGAGAUCAGCAGAGAGGAGUUACUAGGCAAGCAGAGUAAACUGACGGAGGGGGGGAUAUACCAACUCAUAAGAUGCAAGCCUGGAGGUCUCACUGAGACAGUUAGCUAGAAAAUGAUAGCCUACAUGUUCCCUUACUUUAAUGGGCUAGUUUUUAGUAAUAAUGACUUUAUCCAAUGCCUUAACCAUUGCUGCCAUGGUUUAUUAACCAUUGCUGCCAUAGUUUUAUAUAUGUUGUGAUUUUUUAAUUUGUUGUAUUGUUCAUUAUUCUCAAAAUCAGCAAAGAACCAUUUGAAAAAGUUACUUGUUAUGCAGUAAUCUAGU